ACGUGACCAAACAUCGAUUCCAGAAAUGACUAAUUGAAUAAUUGUUACUGAUCUGAACAGAUAAUUACCCAACCAUGAGUUACCUGAAGGUCAAGAAAUACGCAGAGUCCGCGGUGGCCAAUAUCAUCCCAUUGGAUCCGGAUUCCUGCAAAGAACUCGUGGAUUAUGCUCUUACGUUGCCGUCAAACCAAGCGAUUCAGAACCAUUUCUUGAACAUGCUAGGCGAAACUGAAGAGUCAUUGAAGUUUAUCACCAAAUUCCUUCAAUUGAAACAAGAAGAAGAUGCUGCAUCGAAACCACAGAAGCCGAAAAGACAGGAGGCUAAACCAAAGGCCACCAGUUCCGGUUCGAACGCUUGGAUUUCCACACCUUCUCCUCCUAAGGAGCCAGUCAGAAAGGGAAGGCUCGAUAGAAAUAAAUCCUCUCACAACACCUCAGAGCUUCUUGAUCUAAAGCCUUCCAACCAAUUGUCUUCUCAACAAGUCAAAAAGAACAAGAAGAAAAACCUCGAUAAUUUGAAGGAUAUAGAAGCUAUACUAACGGAGCUCGAGUUGAAAUCUUCCAACGAGACUAACAGAAGGUGCAAUUGCAUGGCUACAAGACAUCCAUUAUUUGAAAUGGCUCCCAACUGUCUAAACUGUGGAAAAAUCAUCUGUGUCAAAGAGGGUCUUCAACCAUGUUCUUUCUGUGGACAUGAAUUAUUAAAUCAUAAAGAGCGACUUGAAAUCAUGAAUGUUUUAAGACAAGAAAAAGAUGAACUUGAAAAUAAGCAAGAUAAUUUGCAGAACAAGAAGAUUCAAGAGCAGAAGACCACUCUUUCGAAACCCAAAAGCAAGAAAAUCGUUGUCAGCAUGAAUGCCGGAGAAAACCUAUGGAAGGCCCAAGAUCGAGCGCUCAAACAGGCUGAAUUGGAAGCAAAACGGGCCAAGGAACUUGAAGAUAAAAAAGAAGCUGAGAGAAAAGAAGUGGAAGAACAAGAGGAAGAAUUAAAGAAAUACGAAUUAAGUAAGCAGGUAAAUCCCGACCUUUUGAAAGCACAAGAAAGGUUAGAAACCUUACUUAAUUUCCAAAGCACUGGUGCUGAGAGAACUAAAAUCAUUGACAAUGCUGCAGAUUAUCAAUUGCCUAGCAGCGGAGGAAGUAUGUGGUUAUCGCCCGUUGAGCGAGCAUUGCAAUUGAAAAAGCAGCAGAAGAUAUUGAGAAAACAUGAAGAGAGCAUACAGGCCAGAAGUGGGAGAGGAAAAGUUACAGUCGAAAUGGUUAUCAAGAAUGGCAAAGUUACAAUGGUUGAAAAGCAGCACACCGGAAGAAUUGUUGAAGAUAAGGAUGAAGAGAUCAAUGCAUUGGAAGAAGAAUUACAACAAGAAAAGCAGCUCCACGAACAAGAUCUCAGCAAAAACAUUUGGGAUUAUGAAAAGGAUCAAAAGAAAUGGGAAAGACCAGUGUACAUGGGCAAGGCCCCAGGCAAUGAUAGUAUUGAGGUCAAGCAUGGAAGGGUCCAAUUUGCAUUUGAUCCGGAAGAAAAUGAGUUGUUAUAAGCAUUGAAGGUGGUUGAAAUUUAGGUAGAACAAUAGAUAAGGGUGAAACAUUGCAAUAUCAAGAUCCUCACUCAGGAUAUUAAUGAUUUCAAAAUCAAUGUACUCUGGCAACUUGACUUGGAAAGUCAUGCUAGGAACCAGUUUCUUUUCAAUUAAUUCGGAGAGAACUCUAUGCAUGUAUGACACUACUAUGUCAUAAAUUUCUUAACGUAUCACGCUGAUGUUCCAUUCGCUUACGAGCCUGGUCAAUUAUCUGUUUCGCCCAUUCGAAUUCUCAUUAUCUACAAUUCCAUGUAAAUGAGCAUUUGUUAAGUUGCGUGAAGCAAAUUACUCUUUUAUUAGCUCUGGACGA